AUGGUGCAGCGAAAGAAGCAUCAUGAAUGCUGCAUUGAACGAAUGCUUGAAAGACGUGGUGCGUCUGAGCAGUUCGAAGAAUAUUCAAGGAGAUUCAAAGCUCUUUUCGAAGAGGACGAAGAAACAGAGGCCGCCGAAGAGAAAAAUGUCGACAGUUCAAACAUCUGUGGACCUGCCGAACCGAUGAAGCUUUUAUUUGAUUUCUGUUCGCAGUGGUACUUCACAGCAUUGUUACUGUCAGCUUGGGAUGGAAUGGUGAUACCUCAAUUUUAA